AUGGUACUCCCAAUCCUUGCUGGCAUUCUUGUUGGGUGCGGCAUCUUUUAUGCUUCCCGCGUCGCACCACGAAUCGCGCAGCGGGUGUCGGCCUCUGGUGCACAAAACGUCUCGCGUUUUUUGAAAAGUGCCAAGCCAUAUCACAAGUUCGAGUACGGAUUCCAGUCCCCCAUGACAGAGUACGAAGCCUACAUGCUUCUCGGAUUCAAGGAAAACGAGGCAGGCGCCAUUUUUUGCCGCCCGGCACCCGAGGAGGUAAAGAAACGAUACCGAAACAUGAUGAAGGACUUUCAUAGUGAUGUCAGUGGAACGCCCUACAUCGCGACAAAGCUGAACGAGGCAAAAGACAUUCUCAUCAAAUGA